AUGGGAUAUCAAGCAGUUUUCUAUGUUUUACCUCUUUGUCCGCUUUUCCUAGCCCUCUUCACCACAUACUAUUUCCGAACGGUAAGGAAGAAAAGAAAGACGCGAAUAGACAACAUGGUGACUGCGAACGGUGUCAACGGCUGGAAGAACUACGCUUCUGUGCUUGAGAAUCAGUGGAACAGACAACACGAAGAUCGUACAAAUUCUGUUUCUUAA